CCGAAUCUAAAACCGGCGACCGCAAAAAAAUUAGAGCAACCAAACAAUCCCAAUUUUCCUUCUCUGAAUUCAUUUUCCGGGGAAAGUGCAGACGGAAAAACCAAACCAUCAGCGAGAAAGCCAUCCCGCCGGGCCGCAAGAACCAACACAGAGAGAGUCGUUUUUGUCACUCAUUGCACAAAACUCACCAUGGCUUUCGUCGCGACCUCUUCUUCCACCACCGCAAUUUCGGCUUCGAAUCUCGCUCGCUCCACUGCUUCUUCUUCCUCCUCCGAGGCCAAUGCUCCUCGAAUUGGCUCGUUCCGAUUGUUGGAUCGUUCCGCAGCCGUUGCCGUCAACCUAUCUUCUUCUCGUAAGCGCUCCUCCGCUGUAAGGCCGGUGAAUGCUGAGCCGAAGCGUAACGAUGGAAUCGUUCCUCUCGCCACCGCCGUCGCCGCACCCGUAGUGGCGGAGAAAUUGGAGGCGGAGGCGGAGGCGGAAGACUACGAGCAGCUAGCCAAGCAGCUCGAGAACGCUUCUCCCUUGCAAAUUAUGGACAAGGCUCUCGAGAAAUUCGGCGACGAUAUUGCAAUCGCUUUCAGUGGCGCAGAAGAUGUAGCCUUGAUUGAAUACGCCAAGCUAACAGGGCGCCCAUUCAGGGUAUUCAGCUUGGACACCGGCAGAUUAAACCCAGAGACGUACCAAUUCUUCGACGCAGUAGAGAAGCACUACGGAAUCCGGAUCGAGUACAUGUUCCCCGACGCAGUGGAAGUGCAGGCACUAGUUCGCAGCAAAGGCCUGUUCUCAUUCUACGAGGACGGCCACCAAGAGUGCUGCCGGGUCCGGAAAGUCAGACCUCUACGCCGAGCUCUGAAGGGUCUCCGCGCUUGGAUCACGGGCCAGAGAAAGGACCAGUCGCCUGGAACCCGGUCCGAGAUCCCAGUCGUGCAAGUGGACCCUGUUUUCGAAGGACUUGAAGGUGGAGCAGGCAGCUUGGUCAAGUGGAACCCGAUGGCCAACGUCGACGGUGGAGAUGUCUGGAAGUUCCUCCGCGCAAUGGAGGUGCCUGUCAACUCUCUGCACGCCCAGGGGUACGUGUCGAUCGGUUGCGAGCCCUGCACGCGAGCAGUCCUCCCUGGGCAGCACGAGAGGGAAGGGAGAUGGUGGUGGGAGGAUGCCAAGGCCAAAGAGUGCGGCCUCCACAAGGGGAACUUGAAACAGGACGCUGAUCAAGAAGUGACAGUCAACGGAACUGGAACCCGCGACUUGUUCGAGGCGAGGAACCUGGUGGCAUUGAGCAGGAACGGGAUCGAGAACUUGUUGAAGCUGGAGAAGAGGGAAGAGCCGUGGAUCGUCGUGCUGUACGCUCCCUGGUGCCAGUUCUGCCAGGGGAUGGAGAGCUCGUACGUCGAGUUGGCGGAGAAAUUGGCGGGGAGUGGAGUGAAGGUUGGGAAGUUUCAGGCGGAUGGCGAGCAGAAGGAGUUCGCGAAGCAGGAGCUGCAGCUGGGGAGCUUCCCGACGAUCCUUUUCUUCCCCAAACAUUCUUCGAGGCCGAUCAAGUAUCCUUCGGAGCAGAGGGAUGUUGAUUCGCUGAUGGCGUUCGUGUCCGCUUUGAGGUAAUCUGGGUUUUGGAAGCUGGAAGUUCUGGUUUGUCUGUGAAUGCAUGAAGGUCGUUUGAAGAUGGGAAUAAUGGGAGUGAGAGAGCUUCAUGGGAGCAGAACUUAGUUGUUUGCUUCAUGUUAUAUUUGGAUGGUAGUUUUGUUAGCAGGAGUAGUUGCCUAGUUGUAUCCUGUGUUUAGCUUUCUUUGAUUUCUGUCUGUAUAGAAGGGAUCGGGGAGAUGGAGUCGAUAGUCGCCUGAAAGAGCAAAAUUUUGGGUUUAUAGGAUAGAUGAACAGUGGGGGCGUAAUUGUUGUCGUUCUAACGGAAUGUGUUUCGCCGUCGUGGUCGGUAUUUGUAAUGGAGAUUAGAGAUUUGAAGUGGGCAAAUCUGUUAAACGGAUCGGGUCGCAUUCGCUGUUGGAGUCGCCAUCAAUCGUACUUGGAGUGGAUAUAACAUUCUUUGGUCGGCUCUAACCUUAGGGUCAGAAUCGAGACUUGGUCGAUGGAAUAGAAAUUUAGGUUCGGAAAUAUGGUUACGGGUGUGGAAGUGAAAUCACACCCCACAUGCGGGAAGGAAUGAUGAGGAUCCAGUGCAACAUCUGAAGAUUUUCUUAGAGAUCAUUGCAACUGUUUCAGAUAAU